ACGUUUUAUAAAGUAGCUAACCUGGCGCUGAUGCUGUACAAAAUGAAAGUCAAACCCAGUGGCCCAGAGUCUGUCUUGGAGGACCGGUUGGAUGGUAGGCAACUAAUGUUAGAUUCUAUCUCUUUCUCAGACACAUUCUCUCACUCUCCCUCUUCAUCUGUGUGUAUGUGUGUGUGUGUGUGUGUGUGUGUGUGUGUGUGUGUGUGUGUGUGUGUGUGUGUGUGUGUGUGUGUGUAGAGAGACCAUGUCGUCAGUGCGGGGUCACUACACUGUGUGGGGGUUCUGGUGGGACAUUCACGCAAUGUGAUGAGAAGGUAGAAUGCAGUCUGUUUGACUGUAACCAGAAGAUGUUGGUGCGAAAGGACUCCCAGGCACUGCAGCUACAGGCCACCCACCUGAAGGAAAACAUGGAUUACAAGAAAGUGACUUUUAAACUGGUAAAGUAUGUAAAUCCCCGAGCACAAGGGCGUGAUGCAGUUAUCCUAUGGAUUGCCGGCAGCAGCAAAAUCCUCUCCUGCACCAGGCCACAUGACUCUAACACUCCUAUCCUGAAGCUGGAAAAAGAGAAUUGUGAGCAGUUAAAGAGCAUUGAAGCCAUGGACGAAAUGGCACGUUUUCUCUUCUACAGGAGAACUGUUGACUUUUACGAUACCAUUUUUGAAUCAGUGAAGUUUCCUGGCUGGUUAAUCCGGAGCUCAUUGUCAGAACACAAGCCAGUGGAGAUGUGUGAGAAAGACACUACCACCAAACUCUUCAGGUUUAAAGAGCGUGUGUAAACACAUGCUGACACAAACGCACAUACACACAUAAACACACACGUAUAACACAUAUACACAUAAACAUUUUCCCUGGGAUAUAACUAGUGUGAGAGAAGAGAGGUUCUGAGGUGUAACUGAUCAUUUGGAUGUUCCAUAAACUGCAACCUCCAUGUGUUGCUGUAACAUGUUAAAGAUUAGAUUGAUAUUUGAAUGUUUGGUUUGAUGUAGUUUAUCAUGGUAACCAGUAGGUGAUGUUGUUUUUCUAAUCUGAAAUCCUCUUAAACGCUAAUAGAACAGCAGCCAAUAACGUUUGCAUUGUUUAGAACAUGGGUAUGCGGCUUAAUAUGGAUCACAAAAGAGUCAAUUCACAAUUAAUUCCUAAAAUAAUAUAGCUAGUGGAAAAUAGUUCUCAAUAUUUUUUACAUACAAUCAUUGAAUUGCUUUACAAAUGAUCUUUACAACAUCUGUGUGUGUUUUUUAAUGGAGGAAGAAUACCUAGCCCUAGACUUUAUUUGCAGAGAAAAACUGUAUAUGUUUCAUAUUAGGGACACUGAAAUUGAUAAGCUAAUUAUGGGGCUUAAUAUGGGUCACAAAAGAGUCAAUUCACAAUGAAUUCCUGAUAUAAUAUAGCUAAUGCAAAACAGUUCUCAAUAUUAUUACAUACAAUAAAAUAAAA